GCGCGUUCCACCGUUACGGAGGGUUCGGUUCGCGAAACAUCGAGUUUACGAUCGUUACUACGCAGUAACACCACAAAAUCACGACGACGCGCAUCGCGGAGUCAGAACGUCGGCGUUGAUGUCCGCGGCGACGGGAUCAUUAUCCCUACCCCUACUCGGGCAUCUCGCGACCUCGCGUAACGCACGCGCGCGUCGGAACCGCGCCGCCGCGGCCAUCCCCGGCGUCUCCCUCGGGAAAUCGACCUCGGUUUUCACUCCGCGAGGUCCUAAGCGCAUCGCGCGCGUCGUCACCUCGAAGGCGGGCCCGCAUUCGAACCCUCCGAGGGCGAUAUCGACCGUCGACGACGUCCUCGCGUUCACCGUGCCCACCGACGAGCCCGCGGCCGAGACCGCCUCCCCCGCCGACAGCGACUGCGAAGGCGAGUUCUGCGACAUGAAGGAGAGCUCGUGCACGACGAGGGACCUCAUCGGCAGCACGCCGCUGCUCGAUCUGAGCGCGUACUCCCUGAACCCCACCGUGAAGAUCCUCGCGAAGUGCGAGUACCUCAACCCGUCCGGGUCCAUCAAAGACCGCAUCGCGACGCACAUCCUGGACAAGGCGAUCAAGAGCGGCGAUCUCAAGCCCGGGAUGACCGUCGUCGCGGCGACGUCCGGGAACACCGGCGCCGCGAUCGCGAUGGCGUGCGCGUUGCGCGGGUACGACUACAUCGUCAUCACCAACGAGAAGACGUCCAAGGAGAAGGUGGACGCGAUGAGAGCGUACGGCGGCGAGGUGAUCGUCUCCCCGUCCGGGGUGUCCCCGGACGACCCACAGCACUACCAGAACAUCGAGAACAAGCUGUGCGAGGAGAACCCCGGGACGUACUACGGCGUGGAUCAGUAUAACAACCCGUACAACGCGGACGCGUACGAGGCGACGCUCGGGCCGGAGAUUUGGCGUCAGAGCGUGGGCGCGGUGACGCACUUCAUCGUCGGCGGCAGCACCGGCGGCACGGUCAGCGGCACGGGGAGGUACUUGAAGCAAGAGAACCCGGACGUGAGGAUCGUCCUCGCGGACCCGAGAGGGAGCGUGUUCUGGGACCACGUCGUCAACGGCGUCGCCGCCGACGACGUCAAGGUGUCCAAGUCGUGGGAGACGGAGGGCGUCGGCAAGGAUUCCAUCCCCGGGUGCCUCGACGUCUCGAUCGUGGACGGGAUGGUGCGCGCGACGGACGAGCAGGCGUUCGGCGUGUGCCGCGAGCUCGCGAGCAGCGACGGCCUCCUCGUCGGCGGCAGCAGCGGUCUGAACCUCCACGCCUCGCGCGUGUUAUCCGGCGACGUCGCGGACGACAGCGUCAUCGUCACGGUGUUCCCGGACAACGGCGUGAAGUACCUGUCGAAGAUUUACAACGACGACUGGCUCGACUCGAAGAAGAUGGGCGGCGCAAAGAACUCGGACGGGAACGCGGAGAGAGCCGCGGAGUGCGAGGUGUACUGGCGCCCGGACGCGCUCUCGUUCGCGGAGCGAAAGGCGGCGGCGGACGCCGCCGCCGCCGCCGCCGUCGAGGGCGACAACCUCUGGCCCGAGGACGAGACCGAGCGCGAGCUCAAGUUCCUGGAGGAACUCGCGCCGAAGCUGACGCAGUACCACAGAGACUCCAUCAAGGGCGACGAGCGCGUGCACAGCAAGCUCCAGUCCCCGGAGGAGCUCGCGGCGACGUUCGCCGCCGCGGGGGCGCCCAUCGACCUCGCGGAGGGCGACGCCCCCGCGACGGAGGAGCAACUCGCGCUCGCGGUGCAGGCGGUCAUGGACAACUCGGUCCGCUCCUCGCACCCGAUGUUCUUGAACCAGCUGUACGCCGGCGUCGACGUCGUCGCGCUCGCGGGGGAGUGGACCGCGAGCGCGUUGAACGCCAACGUGCACACGUUUGAAGUCGCGCCGGUGCUCACGGAGAUUGAGAAAGCCGUCCUCGCGAAAACCGCGCGGAUGUGGCUGAACAAGCCCGGGUCUAAGACGACGCCGCCGCACGACGGUCUGCUCGUCCCCGGCGGGUCCCUGGCGAACAUGUACUCGAUGAUCCUCGCGCGCGAUCGCGCGGAGCCGGAGGCGAAGACCAAGGGCGCGAGCGGCAACCUCGUCGCGUUUUGCUCGGAGCAGUCGCACUACUCGUACAAAAAGUCCGCGAUGGUCAUGGGCCUCGGGAUGGACAACAUGAUCAAGGUGAAGUGCGACCAGUCCGGCGCGAUGAUCCCGGCGGAGCUCGAGAAGGCGGUUCAGGAGGCCAAGUCCCGGGGCAAGGUGCCGUUCUACGUCGGCACCACCGCGGGGUCCACCGUGCUCGGCGCCUUUGACGACUACGAAGGCUGCGCGGACGUCUGCGAAAAGCACGACAUGUGGAUGCACGUCGACGGCGCGUGGGGCGGCGCCGCGGCGCUGUCCCCGACGAGAAGGCACAAUCUCCAGGGCGCGAACAGAGCGGACUCGUUCUGCUGGAACCCGCACAAGAUGCUCGGGUUGCCGCUCCAGUGCUCCAUCUUCGUGACGAAGCAACCCGGGGCGCUGUCCAAGGCGAACGCCGCGCAGGCGGACUACUUGUUCCAGCCGGACAAGAACAACGCCGCCGCGGACCUCGGCGACCGCACGAUUCAGUGCGGACGCAAGGCGGACGCCCUCAAGAUCUGGCUCGCGUGGAAGGCGCGCGGAGACGAAGGCUGGGCGAAUCUCGUGGACCGCUCCUUUGGCCUCGCGGAGUACGUCGAGGCGUCGGUGCGCGAGCGGUGCGAAAAAGACGGCUCGUUCGUCCUCGCCGCGCCCGCGCAGUGCGCGAACAUCGGGUUCUGGUACGUGCCCCCGCGCCUGAGGCCGUUCGAUGUCGAGUCCGCGACCGCGGACCAGCUCACGGAGAUUGGGUUCGUCGCCCCGAAGCUGAAGGACCGGAUGCAACGGACCGGGGACGCGAUGAUCGGGUUCCAGCCGAUCGACUCGAUGAACCUUCCAAACUUUUUCCGACUCGUGCUUCCAAACUCGAGGCACCUGUCGAAGAACGCGCUCGACGCUAUGCUCGAUCGCAUGGACGACAUGGGCAAAGACCUGUGAUCAGAGACGGGGGACACUCAGCCACCCUGAUGAUCACCACAGCAGGCUCAGUCGACCAAAAAAAAUGAUUCAACUCUUUCCGCGAAAGUUGCGGAGACGACGCGAAAGGAAGCGUCAUUGUUUGUAGCAGUAUUUUUGUUUUGAAACAAUCUCUUUGUUUGAUGAUUUGAUCUUAGUAAUUGAUGUCGUUGGGUGUUAUCAAUGUUAUCUUCGAGUCUAAGUAAUUAACU